CAUUAAACAGUAACCUCCAAAGAUACAAAAGAAAGUAAAAGGAGAUAACUGCUAUCUCCCCACCAACAAAUGUGAUAAUUCCACUCUCAGAACCGCCUUCUUUAUUAUUUAUAUUCUUCCACCUGCUCUGCAAAACUUCUCACUCUCUCUCUCUCCCACUUCUUUUUUAUUUUUCUCUCUCUACAAUGGAAGGAAAAGUAAGGAAUGGCCUCCUCUUCUUUUCCUUCGCCAUUAUACUUACUCUGUCCGCAGCUUUCACAGACCCACUUGAGUACCAGACACUGACCCUCAAACCUCUCCCCAACGCACCCACUCUUUCAUGGACCGACUCAGAGUCCGAAUCCGGAACCGACGCAACAGAGUUGGAAGCAGAGACAUCUUCCACCCCCACAUCACUCUCCGUACAGUUGCAGCACAUCGACGCCUUGUCGUUCAACAAGACGCCUGAGGAUCUCUUCGGCCUCCGGAUCCAACGGGAUGCUCUCCGCGUCAAGACCUUGGAUUCUCUACUCGCUGUUCGGAACCAGACUCGAUCCCGUGGGUCGGGUUUCAGUAGCUCCGUGAUCUCGGGGCUUGCUCAGGGCAGCGGCGAGUACUUCACGCGCCUCGGUGUGGGCACGCCUCCCAGGUACGUGUACAUGGUGCUGGACACUGGUAGCGACAUCGUGUGGCUCCAGUGUGCUCCGUGUAAGAAAUGUUAUACCCAGACAGAUCCUGUUUUCGACCCGAGAAAAUCGCGAUCCUUUGUUGGGAUCUCGUGCUCGUCACCAUUGUGUCGCAAGCUUGACUCCCCAGGAUGCAAUCAACGCAAGAUGUGCCUCUAUCAGGUGUCCUACGGCGACGGUUCCUUUACCCUGGGUGAGUUCUCCACCGAAACGCUGACGUUUCGCCGCUCCAGAGUGGCACGUGUGGCGCUCGGCUGUGGCCACGAUAACGAGGGCUUGUUCGUUGGUGCGGCGGGACUUUUGGGACUCGGCCGGGGUAAGUUAUCGUUCCCAACGCAAACCGGUCUGCGGUUCAACCAGAAGUUCUCUUACUGUUUGGUGGACCGGUCCGCCUCGUCCAAACCGUCCUCUAUUGUGUUUGGGAACGCGGCUAUUUCCCGAGCCGCCCGGUUCACCCCAUUGCUUAGAAACCCAAAGCUCGACACUUUUUACUAUGUGGAGCUCAUUGGUAUUAGUGUGGGUGGGACACGUGUCCCCGGCAUCACCGCUUCGCUUUUCAAGCUCGAUACGGCCGGUAACGGAGGUGUUAUAAUAGAUUCGGGCACAUCCGUCACGCGCUUGACCCGAACCGCUUACACAGCGCUACGCGAUGCUUUCCGGGUUGGAGCGUCCAGCUUGAAAAGGGCUCCAGAGUUCUCUUUGUUCGACACGUGCUUCGAUUUGUCUGGGCUGAGGGAAGUGAAGGUGCCGACGGUGGUUUUGCAUUUCCGAGGAGCUGACGUGUCGCUGCCGGCGACAAACUACCUGAUUCCGGUGGACAGCGGUGGGAGCUUCUGCUUUGCUUUUGCGGGUACAAUGAGCGGGUUGUCCAUUAUAGGUAACAUCCAGCAACAAGGGUUCCGGGUAGUAUAUGAUUUGGCGGGUUCUAGGGUCGGGUUCGCUCCACGUGGGUGCGCUUGAUUUUUGGGUUAGCAAAGAUUUCGAGAGCCCUUUUCCCCAGCCUCUUUUAUUUUUAUUUUCAUUUUUAUUUCAACAGGAAAAAGGAAAAAAAGAAAAAAAGAAAAAAAAGAAGAGGAGGAAAUCUUUCUCGGAUUUGCAAUGUAUAAUGAAGGGUGAAAGAGAAGGAAGGGAAGGAGUGUUUUUUUUUUUUGUUUUUUGGGUUUAAUAUUUAUUUUUGGUAAUAUGGGAAGGGUAGGAGUUGGAAGCAAAAAAAAAAAUGUUCACGUGUUGUUUUUUAAGUAUCAUAUCCCUACUUGAAAAAUAAUUACUCUAAGACAGGGGUAAUUUGGUUAAAUGCAAUUUGAAGUUUUAGAGACUA